AUGCUAUCUCAUGCCGACCUCCUGGAUGCUCGCCUCGGUGAGUUAUCAUCACCAAACUCCGGUCUUCAACUCUACUGGAUGAAGGAUGCCGCGGCGGAGCUCCUGGGCCACAGGGAGGCUCUGAAGUGCAGGCUCGGCGGAGGAGGACCCGACCCGGGCCACUCCGGCGAGCUCGGUCCGGGCUCGGACGGCGUGGAGGGCUCCACGAUGCUCCCCGGUGAAGACAUCAGCGGCGGCGGCGGCGGUGGAUCCAACACGGUGCAGGUGAACAGCAAAGAUCAGGAGAAGCAGCAGCAGCAGCAGAACAGCAGCAACUCGAGCCAGUCCCAGCAGUCCCAGAAACAAAAGCGGCACCGGACACGCUUCACCCCGGCGCAGCUCAACGAGCUGGAGAGGAGCUUCGCCAAAACGCACUACCCAGACAUCUUCAUGCGGGAGGAGCUGGCUCUGAGGAUCGGCCUGACGGAGUCCCGAGUGCAGGUCUGGUUCCAGAACCGACGCGCCAAGUGGAAGAAGCGCAAGAAGACCACCAACGUGUUCCGCUCUCCGGGCACUCUCCUGCCCACGCACCACGGCCUGCCCCAGUUCCAGUCCGCUGCGGCGGCGGCAGCGGCCAUGGGCGACAGCCUCUGCUCCUUCCACGCCAACGACACCCGCUGGGCCACGGCAGGGAUGCCCGGCGUGUCCCAGCUGCAGCUCCCGCCUUCUCUGGGUCGCCAGCAGGCCAUGGCGCAGUCCCUGUCCCAGUGCAGCCUCGGCGCCGGGCCGCCGCACAACUCCAUGGGUCUCUCCAACAUGUCGUCCAACGGCGGCGGGCUGCAGACCCACCUCUACCAGCCCUCGUUCCCCGGGAUGGCGUCCUUAUCCGGCCCGAACAACGUGCCCGGCUCGCCUCAGCUGUGUGGCCCGGACAGUGAGGUCUGGAGAGGGACAAGCAUCGCGUCGCUGCGCCGCAAAGCGCUGGAGCACACAGUAUCCAUGAGCUUCACCUAG